GUGUCACUCGCCCGCCCGCUCCGUGUACGGAGGAUGUGCUGAAUGGUGCUGCGGCGCGGGAUCGGCGGGCGGCUGCCAGGCUCGGCUGCCCGGCUCGGCUUCUCGGCGUGGCCCUCGGCGGCUCGGCAUCCUGCGCGGCGGGCGCCCGGGUGAUGGGCCGGAGCGCGGCCCCCGCCUGCUGAGCCGCGCCGGAGGAGGACGAGCGGAGGCCGGCAGCCCGCGUCCGUGCCCGCCCCGGAGGGCGCCCCGUCCCCGCCGCGCUCGCCCGGGCCGCCCGGAGCCCCGAUGCGCCCAGAUGGCCGGGGCUCAGCCGGGAGUGCACGCGCUGCAACUCAAGCCCGUGUGCGUGUCCGACAGCCUCAAGAAGGGCAUCAAAUUCGUCAAGUGGGAUGAUGACUCCACUAUUGUCAGUCCAAUUAUUUUGAGAACUGACCCUCAGGGAUUUUUCUUUUACUGGACAGAUCAAAACAAGGAGACAGAGCUGUUAGAUCUCAGCCUUGUCAAGGAUGCCAGAUGCGGGAAACAUGCCAGAGCUCCCAAGGAUCCCAAAUUACGGGAACUUUUGGAUGUCGGGAACAUCGGGCGGCUGGAACACCGCAUGAUAACAGUGGUGUAUGGACCUGACUUGGUGAACAUCUCCCAUUUGAACCUGGUGGCUUUCCAAGAGGAAGUGGCCAAGGAAUGGACAAACGAGGUUUUCAGCCUGGCAACAAAUCUGCUGGCCCAAAACAUGUCCAGAGAUGCAUUUCUGGAAAAAGCCUAUACUAAACUUAAACUGCAAGUCACUCCAGAAGGGCGCAUUCCUCUCAAAAACAUAUACCGCUUGUUUUCAGCAGACCGGAAACGAGUUGAAACUGCAUUAGAGGCUUGUAGUCUUCCAUCGUCCAGGAAUGAUUCAAUACCUCAAGAAGAUUUCACUCCAGAAGUAUACAGAGUGUUCCUGAACAACCUUUGCCCUCGACCUGAAAUUGAUAACAUCUUUUCUGAAUUUGGUGCCAAAAGUAAACCAUAUCUUACCGUCGAUCAGAUGAUGGAUUUUAUCAACCUUAAGCAACGAGAUCCCAGGCUCAAUGAAAUACUUUACCCACCUUUAAAGCAAGAACAAGUGCAAGUUUUGAUCGAGAAAUAUGAACCCAACGAAAGCCUUGCCAAAAAAGGGCAAAUAUCAGUAGAUGGAUUUAUGCGCUAUCUCAGUGGAGAAGAAAAUGGAGUCGUUUCACCUGAGAAACUGGAUUUGAAUGAAGAUAUGUCUCAGCCCCUUUCUCACUAUUUCAUUAAUUCCUCACACAACACCUACCUCACAGCUGGCCAGUUGGCUGGAAACUCUUCUGUCGAGAUGUAUCGCCAAGUGCUCUUGUCUGGUUGUCGCUGUGUGGAAUUGGACUGCUGGAAGGGACGGACUGCAGAAGAGGAACCAGUCAUCACUCAUGGGUUCACCAUGACAACUGAAAUAUCCUUCAAGGAAGUGAUAGAAGCAAUUGCUGAGUGUGCAUUUAAGACGUCACCUUUCCCAAUUCUCCUUUCAUUUGAAAACCAUGUGGAUUCCCCCAAGCAACAAGCCAAGAUGGCCGAGUACUGCCGACUGAUCUUUGGGGAUGCUCUCCUCAUGGAACCACUAGAAAAAUACCCACUGGAAUCAGGAGUUCCUCUUCCAAGCCCUAUGGAUUUAAUGUAUAAAAUUUUGGUGAAAAAUAAAAAGAAAUCUCACAAGUCAUCUGAAGGAAGUGGCAAAAAGAAACUCUCAGAACAAGCCUCGAACACCUAUAGUGAUUCCUCCAGUGUGUUUGAACCAUCAUCUCCAGGAGCCGGAGAAGCUGAUACUGAAAGUGAUGAUGACGACGAUGAUGAUGACUGUAAAAAAUCUUCAAUGGAUGAGGGGACUGCUGGGAGUGAGGCCAUGGCCACAGAAGAGAUGUCCAACCUGGUGAACUAUAUUCAGCCAGUCAAGUUUGAGUCAUUUGAAAUUUCAAAAAAGAGAAAUAGAAGCUUCGAAAUGUCUUCCUUCGUGGAAACUAAAGGACUUGAGCAACUAACAAAAACUCCAGUGGAAUUUGUAGAAUAUAACAAAAUGCAGCUUAGCAGGAUAUAUCCAAAAGGAACACGUGUGGAUUCAUCCAACUACAUGCCCCAGCUCUUCUGGAAUGCAGGUUGCCAAAUGGUCGCCCUUAAUUUCCAGACAGUAGAUCUGGCAAUGCAGAUAAACAUGGGGAUGUAUGAAUACAAUGGAAAGAGUGGCUACAGAUUAAAGCCAGAGUUCAUGAGGAGACCUGACAAGCAUUUUGAUCCAUUUACUGAAGGCAUUGUAGAUGGGAUAGUGGCCAACACUUUAUCUGUUAAGAUUAUUUCGGGUCAAUUUCUUUCUGAUAAGAAAGUUGGGACUUACGUGGAAGUGGAUAUGUUUGGUUUGCCUGUGGACACAAGGAGGAAGGCAUUUAAGACCAAGACAUCACAAGGAAAUGCUGUAAAUCCCAUCUGGGAAGAAGAACCCAUUGUGUUCAAAAAGGUAGUUCUUCCUUCCCUGGCCUGUUUGAGGAUAGCAGUUUAUGAAGAAGGAGGUAAAUUUAUUGGUCACCGGAUCUUGCCAGUACAAGCUAUUCGGCCAGGCUAUCACUAUGUCUCUCUGAGGAAUGAAAGGAACCAGCCUUUGAUGCUGCCAGCUGUCUUUGUCUACAUAGAGGUGAAGGACUAUGUCCCAGAUACAUAUGCAGAUGUGAUUGAAGCUUUGUCAAACCCAAUUCGAUAUGUGAAUCUAAUGGAACAGAGAGCAAAGCAGUUAGCGGCUUUGACAUUAGAAGAUGAAGAAGAAGUAAAGAAAGAGGCAGAGCCUGGGGAAACGCCAUCGGAGGCACCGAGUGAAGCGAGAACAGCUCCAGCGGAGAAUGGAGUGAAUCACACUACAGCCCUGACUCCCAAACCGCCCUCCCAGGCCCUCCACAGUCAACCUGCUCCCGGUUCUGUAAAAGCACCUGCCAAAACAGAAGAUCUUAUUCAGAGUGUUUUAACAGAGGUGGAAGCUCAGACUAUUGAAGAGCUGAAACAACAGAAAUCAUUUGUGAAGCUUCAAAAAAAGCACUACAAAGAAAUGAAAGACCUGGUUAAGAGACAUCAUAAGAAAACCACUGACCUUAUCAAAGAACACACUUCAAAAUAUAAUGAAAUUCAGAAUGACUACUUGAGAAGGAGAGCAGCUUUGGAAAAGACAGCCAAGAAGGAUAGCAAGAAAAAAUCAGAACCCAGCAGUCCCGACCAUGGCUCAUCAACAAUUGAGCAAGAUCUUGCUGCCCUGGAUGCUGAAAUGACCCAAAAGUUAAUAGAUUUGAAGGACAAACAACAGCAGCAGCUGCUUAAUCUUCGGCAAGAACAAUAUUAUAGUGAAAAAUACCAGAAGCGAGAACAUAUUAAGCUGCUUAUUCAGAAACUGACCGAUGUGGCUGAAGAGUGUCAGAACAGUCAGUUAAAGAAGCUCAAAGAAAUCUGUGAGAAAGAGAAGAAGGAAUUAAAGAAAAAAAUGGAUAAAAAGAGGCAGGAGAAGAUAACAGAAGCUAAAUCCAAAGACAAAAGUCAGAUGGAAGAGGAAAAGACAGAGAUGAUCCGGUCCUACAUCCAGGAGGUGGUACAGUACAUCAAAAGGUUAGAAGAGGCACAAAGUAAACGUCAAGAGAAACUCGUGGAGAAACAUAAGGAGAUUCGUCAGCAGAUCCUGGAUGAAAAGCCCAAGUUGCAGACGGAGCUGGAGCAAGAGUACCAAGACAAGUUCAAAAGACUGCCCCUGGAAAUCCUAGAGUUUGUGCAGGAAGCCAUGAAAGGGAAGAUCAGUGAAGACAGCAAUCACAGUUCCGCUCCCCCCACUCUGCCCUCAGAUUCUGGAAAACUGAACCACAAGCCUCCCUCUAGUGAGGAAUUGGAAGGAGACCACCCAGGGAAAGAGUUUGAUACUCCUCUGUAAUGGUUCCUGCCGAUUUUCAAAAUAUGCAUGGCCACUGAAGCUCCACUGGACUCUCUUACUUCAAAGAUCACUGCCCAGGAGCAUCUUCCUGAGACCCAUCCCUUAACCUAAACUCCACAUGAAAGGGAGCGUUCCAGAAAGAUCCUUGCAGAUGUUCCUGUGCUUAGGUUCCACGUGUUUUGUGGAAACCACCGCAGGUCGGCUUGUGGAGAGUCUCUGCAUGUUUGUGGGAUUUUUGUUUUCUUUCCGAUGUAAACUCAAAGCAGAAAACUUCCAGGCUCCAGGGAACAUUUAAUGAAGGAAAGUGUCUUCUUUGAAGAAGAUGAAACUCAUGUUUUUAUUUGAAGCUCUGGUGUAAAGUAUUUCAAAGUAAUAGAAAUAGGUUGAGAAUUGCAUAGCACUACUUAAACUAUUAAAUAGCCAACUUUGAACAUUCUUUCCUAGCUGCCCCUCAACUACCAUAUCUUCAAGAUAACGUGUAUAUUAAAUUGUUUCAUCUUUUGCUUUGCAAGCACUGGUGGCUUGCAGUUUGCUAAUUUAUUUAUCAUAGAGGUCUCAGUGCAUUUGUUGCUGACACAGCCUUAUUAGAUACCAUAGUGUUCAAAUAAGUUCAUGUUCUUGAGAAAAAUAAUCACAUGUGGGGUUCCAUUGUGUAAUGGUUAGCACUCUGGACUCUGAAAACUAAAUCAAUCACUUGGUUGUCUCCUUGCCCAGUGAAGUUGUCCUCAAACUUGGCAAUACAGCUUGUACAUUUGGCUGCAUGAGCAAGCUAUCUGCACACUUUCAGUCAGUGUGCUGUCGGAGUUGAUUAUAUGUACUCAGAGUCUGGGUUUUCAAUGUUUAUCGGCCUAAAUGAUGAAAUAUGCAAAUAUAUUCAGGUGAGUAAAAAUAAUUGAGCUAAUGUGUGUACAGCAAAGAUUCAAUCAGAAUGAACAGGUUCCAGAGGUUAUUUUGCUGUCUGAAUUUUUUAUGGUUCAUUUAUUUUUAAUAUAGAGCUAAAGGUUGGAUGUUUAUCUAGAGAUUACACAGAUGCACAGAUAAAUGGUAUAUUAUCUCCAUGUAUAUAUGUAUGCACUCAACCACGUACAUGGACAUGCACACACACACACACACACACAUGCACAUAUGCACACACAUACAUUCAUAAAAGUGUAGAUGUGUGUGUCUUAAUUGGCAAAGACCCAGAUCUCUUCCAUAAAACUUGAAAUCCGAGGAUUAAUGAAGUAAAAAAAAUAGAGUGAAAUGAAAUACAUCUAGACUAAUAAAUUAUAUUAAAAUACCAAGAAAAAAAUGAUGGCGCCUUUAAGACAAGCUCAAUAGAUUUAGAAAUUGUAAUAUAAAUUUGACAAUUUUUCAGAAUCAAAAGUUGGAUUUUGAGUAUCAUAUUUUAAACUACUUUUAAAGGUCAGAAUAUACAAAUAAAUUAUAGGACAACAAUAUGAAAAUUUAUCAGUAUCUUCCAUAAUCUUUAAGUCUAACAGGUUUUGAUUUUAUUCUAACAAAAAAUAUUUUUGUUAUAUAUUUACUUUGUAUAUUAAAUCUACUUAAGUUGUGUUUUUGUUAAGUUCCUAUGUUAGAUUUCAUAAAAGGAAACAAAUAGUGUCAUGGUAAGACUAAUCAAAACCAUUAUUGAGAGGUUUUAAGAAAGAAUAAAUAUAUAGAGAAAAUAUAAUUUAGAGAGUAACACAUUUAAAUCCUGAAGCAUAAUGCUUAUAGCUUUACUUUUUUUCUAAUAAACCUGUCUGAUUGUAACUUAGAACAUUUUAAAACACAAAAAACCAGUUGGGUCCUGAAAAUUGUUUCAAGAAUAUAAUAUUUUUAUGGAAAUUAUUUUAUUUAACUUUAAGCAAUAACUAGGGAUCACAAUUAAGUUUUAAUCAAAAUGAAGGUUUAGUUCAAACGUUAGGAAUGUGUGUUUGAUUAAAAACCCACAUCUAGAAGACACAAGGGGGAAAAUCCUAUUCUCUUUGGAGAUGAUUGUAUUUUGAUCUGAAAUAUUUUGGGUGUUAAUUAGACAUUUAAUAAAACUUUACUUCCGCUGAAAAAGAAAUCUUUUGUAAAUCAUUCUACUUUUGCACUUUGAAAGAAAGGCAUUAAUCAUAAAGAAGCAAGAAUGGUCAAAACUGAAUGCUGCAUUUUUAUAAAUCAAAGACUGUCUCAAAUUGCAGAAGAAAGAACUAAUAAUAGCAUUCAUAACCAAACACAAUGGUGAUUAUUAUAGAAAAUUUUCUCACAUUUUAGUGUCCAGAGAUAAACUAAGGUUAAACAAUCUUAUACGAAACUAUUUUGGUUGUUGAAUUUCAUUAUCUUAGUCACUCUAGUCACUUUACAAUAUGUUUGUAUUUGGCCAUUUACUGUAAUCACAUUUUUUAUCUGUACAAAGAUACUUUUGCAGUUGUGGGGUAGUGUAUAACACUGUCCAUCUUGCAUCAUUGAAACUACUACCGUGAUACUAUCAUUUAAUAAUAUUAAUAUUACUUGAAAUAGACUAAGAUAAAGAAAAGGGGUCUAUAUGAUGUGCAGUUUUGUGCCUUUAUGUAUUUGCCUUUUUGUUGUUGUUAUUGUUGAAUGUGUAAAAUUCUGUACUGUGGUUUUUCCAAUAAUAGAAAGUAGAGCUGUGUAUUAAAUUAGAUUGUGCCCCUCUGAUACCUUUACACUACUGAGAAUAGCGUGCUUUUGAACGUGUAAACCAGUUUUCAAAAUUCUAAUGACAUGCCAUGUGUUUGGGUUUUUAACGUUUGAUUUUAACAUUUCAAUAUUGCCAUACGUUAAGUAAUAACUCCUGUAAUUGAUAAACAGUCAUUAAAUAAUUCAAAAGAAAGGGCCAUUGCUUGCAUUACUUUGAAUUUAAUAUUGCGCUUGUGCACUAUAUAAAUACUGUUUGUGUUAGAUUGGAUAUUGUGACUUUUGCCUUUUCAGAAGAAAAAAAAGAUAGGGCGCAAAGUACAUGAAGCUCUUAAAAUGUACAUAGUUUGGUCCUUCAGACUAUUUAAAAAGCAUAAUUCACAUUUUUUGUAAUAAUUCUAUGCAAUUUUGUGGCAUGAUGAUGUUUCUCCCACUUGUAAUUUUAUGUGCUUUCAUCACAAAUCCAAAGGAAACAAUAAAAAUUUCUUAACACAACCCAGCAUUUAA